GUCACGUCUUGGACCUCUAUUCUACUCUACCAAACCAAAGGUAGAUCUUAUAGAUUAGGUGCAUCGGCAUUUAGCAUUCAUAGACGCAGCUAGUGUGUGAUUUACGUCCGCUGGUUAACAUUAAUGUGUCUCUUUUAUGAGGGAAUCCGAAAAGCUGGAAGACGUACCUGAAAAUGCCAAAGAACGGCAGAAAGGGAGCAGAUGAAAUCGAGCCUCUGGUUGAUCUUACGCAGGACUUGCAGCUGAAUUCCAAGAAGCUCGAGCGUCUGCGAAAGAGGCAACAGAAAAGAGCGGAAAGAGGUUGCCGCUACGCAAGUCAUAGUAUACUUGACCUUCCCUAUGAGCUUCUCUUGAAAGUCCUGGAACUUUUGCGGCCAAGCGACGUUCUGCGACUCUCAAGGACGUGCAAAGCAUUUCACGACUUCCUUCGCUGCGAGGAGGAAACGAUCGCGAGAAAGAUCAUUAACCACCGAUACGUUGCAAUCUCGAAAUGCUUUCUAUUACCUGUACUUUUGCGUGAACUUGACGCAAGGACGCAAAACAUACUUCGAGAUGAAGAAAGGCAAGAAAUUGUGAAUUUGAAGAAGAGGCCAUUCCAACAUAUUAAGUCUCCGGAUCCCAGCUUCCUUUGCACGUGCAUGACGUGCUUGUUGAGGUGGAACAGCCUGAAUUUAAUUGUCGAUUGGAACUAUUGGCAGGAUAACCUUGACAAGGGCGAGCCAAUUCCUAUGAUUGCACGAGGGAAAUGCCCGGAAUGGAACGCGUUAUUAAUCGAAGACAAUGCGAGCUACGUUUUGAAAGCAUUAGAAAGGCCUCUUUGGCAUGCUCUACUUUUCGAAAGACACCUUGAUUCCAUGGUGAGAAGCAUAUCGCGACAGAAAGCAAAUAGGGGAAACAAACGAAAAAGAUUUGAGAUGACGGCAGAGGACGAGGCUUCAGGAACAGACGUAUUUCUUGAGCGAGAAGGGCCGCCGACGUUGGAGCUGCCAUUCCACCGAGACCAGUAUUACCUACUUGAGACAUACAUGCCAAACAGAGGUUGGAACAGCGACCAGCGCCGAUGGAUGUAUGUGCCAGCCGAGCAACAUGAGACGGACGUGACUAUUGCAGUCAGAUUUUUCCAAUGGAGAGAACAGCAAAAGUCAAGAAAUAGAGGGUCCUGAUUUAUAACUAUCUCGUUAAAUUCUGCUGCUU